CCGAAUCAUUAGCUUAUUGUGAACGAGCUGAGAGCGAUGCAAUGCGAUGAUGCGAUGUGCGAUCACCGGCCGUCUCCAGAGUCGGAUCCGAGGGCGAGGGCAAAGGGGCAAUCCGAGUCACGAGCCGUUGGGGGUGUUGUCAGAGACUGUCUGUGUGGGUGCACCAUGCAAAGGGUAUUAUCUCGAUCUAUGGGACGCCAAUUCCAAUCCGAUCAAACGUAUACGUUAAAAACCAUCCACGCACUCGCGAGAUGAGCAAAACUAUGAUGGCGGAGAGUCGAUUCGAUAGCCAGAUGGCUGAGUGUGGGGGCUAGAGAGGGCGGCGACGACGUCGACGCCGGCGUCACGCUUAUCCGUAGAACGGGGGGAGAGGUUUCGUUUGCGAGUUGCCGUCGCAUGUCAGUCAUGUUCUUCUGGUACAUAGCGUAACAAUCAAACUCCUUUUAUCUGUUUUUAUUUUAUUAUUUUCUCUCUUUAAUUUUCUAAUUCAUUGUUUUUUUUGUUUUAAUACUAUCUUUUUAAUUUAAUUUUUUGAUCAUUUUUAAUAACUUAAUCAUCCUGAUUUGAAAUCCUUAGUCUUCAACGAAUUUGCAUUGCUUUAGAGUCGUUUGUUUAGAGUCUGAGAGUAACGUAACGUAAACGAAGUUUAUUUUCUCAAGCAAUUUUUAUUUAAUCUAUAUUUAAAAGAACGCAGCGCCAAUUUAAAUAAUGAUAAUUGAUGAUGAAGUUGAUGAUGAUGCAUACAUAUAUGAAAAUAAAAGUGACUUUUUUGCAAAGAGCUCCCAUUCCCUUGGAGUGUGACGUACACGUACUAGGGCUCAAUAUGUCUGUCAUUCAAUGCGAUCAGUAUGGCCAAGUGAGGUCGAGUACCCGUUCAUGUCUAAUUCUACCGCCCCAUUGGUUGCUCGUGUCUCAGGACCUGAAAGAUUUUAUGCGGCAAGCCGGGGAAGUUACCUACGCAGACGCACAUAAACAACACCGCAAUGAAGGAGUGGUUGAAUUUGCUACAAGCACAGAUAUGAAGAACGCGAUAGAUAAACUGGACGACAGUGAAUUAAACGGUCGUCGUAUUCGUUUAGUGGAGGAUCGUCGUCGUGGUGGUGGCGCCGGAGGCAGACGUUCACGUUCGUCCAGCAGCCGUAGCAGGUCUCGGUCACGAUCCAAGAGGAGAUCCCGCUCGCGUUCCAGGUCACGAUCACGUUCCCGCAGCCGUUCCAGGAGCAAGUCGCGUUCUGCUAGCCGAUCGCCGGCCUCACAAGGCGGCGGCGGUGGCGGACGCUCCAAGAGCAAGUCGCCCGCGCGCUCCAAAUCUAGAUCACGGUCUAUCGAACGAUCCAAGGAAAUGUCCAAAUCUCGCUCGCGUUCUCGUUCUAAGCAUUCGAAGUCGCGAUCGCCCAGCAAGGAGAAGGAAAGGUCCCGGUCUAGAUCAGAAAGUAAAGGAAGAUCGCGCAGUCGUUCUCCGAUGAAGGAGGACGGCUCGCCGGAGAAACACGACGACUGAGCUGCACACCCACUUACCUUGGUCCCGGCUCGCUGUCUCUUUUGAUGUAGGAGUAGCCAAUGGUGUAAUUUGUGAUUUAUUCUUCUUUUUGUUUUCGUUUAUUUUUCGGACGAGCAUUUUUUUCACGCGAGUUUACAUCAUUUUCGUAGCCAUUUCUCAAGUUUUCUUUUGGACUAUCACAACAAAAGUAUAAUUGUUUGGUUAUUGCUGGUUAAAGGGUCCACUCCUUGCUUUUUAUCAAAGUUGAAUAUUGUUCUGAAGCUAGAAUUUACGCCAUUUCACAGGCUCUCCCCUACUAUAUACUAAUUAGUUUGCUAAUUUUUAAGAUAUUUUGAAACGGGAAAUUUUAUUUGACUUCGUGGCAAGAUAGCAAACGCGCGCGGCGUGGUUUUAUCCAUACUUAUAUUUUGGAUGAAGAGAGGUGACAAGAAAACAUUUUGUUUGGUAAAUUAUGUAUUCAAAUAACCCUAUUACUUUUAGAUUACUAACGACUAUUAUGAUACAUAUACAUAAAUGUAUAGAAGAUAA